GGGCUAGAGUACGGCUGAUGACUGAUGACGCUAGCGCAAUUCCUGCAGAUCAUCCUCGCUUCUGUUUCAUGCACAGACAUCCCAACCUCCUUUCCCAUCUACCACUCCCACUAUUCCCACCACUUGCCCAGCUACUGCCGGGCUAGAAGCAGGCCACGAAACAGCAGCAGCAGCCACAACCACCGCCCAGCACGCAUCCCGCUAGUCUGCCCCUACGUAAAUAACCGGCGCGCUCAAGUCUCGUUCCUCCCGGCAACGCCCCGCCAAGUUCUAAAACGAUCCAAUCCUUCUCUCAGUCCUUCCUGCCCGACCUUCUUCCUCACAUCCUUCCUUCCAGGCCGCCCUUUCUUCCUUCCUCUCUUUUCUGCCCUCCUUCCCCGCAUCGCGUUCGCCACCCGCAACAUUAUCACGCAGCGAGCAGCGACCGAUAGCGAUACUCGCGCGCAGCAUCACCCUCUCCUUCCUCCCUUCCACCAAUCACAAUGACAGACCCUACGCCUCCCGCGCUCGACAGUCUCUCCCUGGCAGACAAGGCCCCUGCUGCCGAAGAAAAUCCCCGAGACGCCGCCGAACAGCCCAAGCCCGCCGCCUCACCGCCCGCAGGCACGCCCGUUGAUGACGCCCAAAGCUCAUCCGCCUCGCCCUCCCAGCGCCCGCCGUCCAUACAGGCAAAUGACAAGGCCCCGGGUACAUCGUCUCCGGCUGCCAGGCCGCAAGCACAGCAUGUCCCUGCAUCGGCACCCACCGUCCCUUCCGCCAACCCCGUCCGUCCGCAGCCUGGCGCCCGGCCUGGAGUGGCGAGGGGUAUGCCUGCGCCAAUGGGGAUGCGGGCGCAGGCAGUUCGAGGCGCUGGCGGGCCCCAGAUGCAGACCAAGAUGCUGCCCAGUUUACAGGCUAAAAUGGACAAGAUCGCCGCGUCCCGUCAAGGCCCGCCUCCCUCCUCCGGCAUGCAUGAUCCGAAUGCCACGUCCAUGGGCGCCCUCUUGCGCUCCCAAGCCCUCCGGGCGCCCGGCACAUCGCAAGCUCCUCCUGGCCCCGGGCCGGCUUCAGGUCCUUUCGGUCUCGCCGCUCGGCGCGCAGCUGCUGGAGGUCCUCCCAGACCGAAUUUGGGUAUGAUGGGUAUGGGGGCAAGUGCGCCGAGUGCGGUCGGACGAGGACCAGGUCUGGCGGGCAGACGGGGACCCCCGGGAGGAUUGACACUGAGUGGGAUGAAGGGUGCGAUCAAGGACGAUGGGAACAAGUUUUCAGACUUUCAGGGUGUCAUGGACCCUUCCGGAUCGCUGAGAUUCUCAAAGAAGGCCGUCCUGCAUGCAAAGGGCGUGGACUUUGACGAUGGGCAGAGUUUCAAGAUCAACAUGGAUGAGAUCGAGGUGCUCGGAGAACUAGGAAAGGGCAAUUACGGUUCUGUCCACAAGGUCUUCCACCGUCCGACAGGCGUCACCAUGGCCAUGAAGGAAAUCCGGUUAGAACUUGAUGAUUCCAAGCUCAACGGCAUCAUUAUGGAACUCGACAUUCUACACCGGGCCGUCGCUCCCGAAAUAGUCGAAUUCUACGGUGCAUUCACCAUUGAAUCCUGCGUCUACUACUGUAUGGAGUACAUGGAUGCCGGCUCACUCGAUUCCCUCACUGGUGGCGGUGUGGCAGCCAAAGAUCAGACAAAGGAGGAAGAAGACGAUGCGACAGAGCGAGUGCCAGAGGAUGUAUUGAGGAGGAUUACAGCGAGAAUCGUAAAAGGGUUGAGAUUCUUGAAGGAUGAGUUGCAGAUCAUCCAUCGAGACGUCAAACCCACAAAUGUGUUGAUCAAUGGCAAGGGAGAGGUCAAGAUGUGUGACUUUGGUGUCUCAGGUCAGCUCGAAAAGAGUUUGGCCAAGACUAAUAUCGGUUGCCAAUCCUACAUGGCUCCCGAACGUAUCAAGUCGGAAACAGCCAACCAAAAUCCUACUUACACUGUCUCCUCAGACGUCUGGUCGGUCGGUCUGUCCAUUGUCGAGCUUGCCAAAGGAUGUUACCCCUACCCACCGGAAACGUAUGCGAAUGUGUUUGCGCAGUUGCAGGCGAUUGUACAUGGCACUCCGCCAACGUUGCCCCCUGGGUACAGCGAUGACGCGAACGAUUUCGUUGCCAAGUGUCUUGAGAAGGAUCCCAACCGACGACCGACUUAUGCUCAGCUCUUAGAACAUCCUUUCUUGGUAGCGGACAAGGGCGCAGAAGUCGACAUGGUUGGAUGGGUGGAAGGGGCGUUGAAGCGUAAGGCGGAGAGAGGAAUUGCGAGCCUGAAUCCUAUCCAAACACCUGCCCCUCUGGAACCAUAAUCGGUCUCCCCUUUCCACGCUCGCCCUUCCUUAAAUCCUGCAAAAGCAACGCACUUGGGUGCAUCAUUGAACAACUCUCUCAAUCCCUUUUCCACGAACUCUCACGGCAUAGAUACAAUCAUUUUUUUUUUCAAAACGUCCAAAAAUUUCUCGCAAAGAAAGUCUUUUUAAUCGUCCUCUUACCGCUAGUCGGCUUGUAAACUUCCAUCAAAAUCUUCUCUGGAUCGUCUUCCAAACUCUAUAUCGACAUUUGACCAAACCUUCACCAACUGCCAGACUCAAAGCAACCCAUAUACCCGGCACUUUUUUUUCCAUCCAUUUCCAUCAACCCCGCGCUUUUCGAGUCUUUUCAUGAUCUAUUAAUUACUCCCUUUUCUUUUCGAUCAAUCAACAUACUUUUACAGAGUAAAAACUAUUUUCAUUGUGCCAUGGGGAUUUCAUGUUUCAAAAAUUUCAGUUUCUUCAUAGAGGUCAUGAUUUGGUUAUCAUUUUUAAAAUAGGGAAGUCAAGGUUCUUUUCAUCUUUUUCUUCUAUUCCUGUCUUUCGAAUAUUUCUUUCUUUCUUUUCUAUAUACAAGGCAACUAGGGAUACACACAGUACAUAUAUGGGAGGGAUUAUUAUAUGAUCGCGUAUUUUAUUGGUCUAUCUAUGUUUUAAGAAGCGUUGGUAGGCCAGCACAAGUCUAUAGAUUAAUGACAUUUGCAAUGCACAUCAGUCAUAGAAAACGA